AUGACAGGGCUUGGCUCUUCAUGUGGAGCUUGCAAAUUCCUGAGGAGAAAGUGCACGAGCGAAUGCGUUUUUGCACCUUACUUUUGUUAUGAUGAGGCUGCAAGUCACUUUGCGGCAGUGCACAAGGUGUUUGGUGCUAGCAAUGUUUCCAAGCUAUUGUUACACCUACCGAUGCAUAAUCGAAGUGAUGCUGCUGUCACUAUAUCUUAUGAAGCACUGGCUCGGAUGCGGGACCCCAUAUACGGUUGUGUUGCUCAUAUCUUUGCACUUCAACAACAGGUUGCCAACCUACAAGAGGAGAUAGAAAUUCUCAUCAACCAAAUCGCCAAUCAUGCUGCUGAUCAGGUUCCCAGCUGCGGAAAUACUCAAGCAGCUACUUACCCGGAUGGUAAGAUACAGUUUGCUUCCCUGCAUGAAACAAUGAGCACAGUCUACUAUCAAGAUGAACAAGCUGCACUGCCCGACCAUCCAGGACUUUUAACUGGAAAUCAAAUACUCGAUGCUCAAUUGUGUGAACCACUACCUCCUUCAUACGAAUGGGAAGACCAGAACUUUCCCUGUAACUUCUACCAAAACCCUCCAGAAAUAAACUUGGAAGGAGUGGAAUCAGGAAUUCUCAUAGAUUAUCCAUGCAUGGGAAGCAGUGUUACCACUACAAACUGGGAAGGUCCAAGCUGGUAG